ACCAUUCUCCGCCCCCGCCCCGCUAGACGGGGAGGAAAUAUUUCUCCGCUCCCCGCCCACAGGAAACGGGAAUUCCCCACCCCCACUGACAUUCCUAAACUAGACUCAUGCUCAGAAUACCCAACAAAAACCACGCGCUGUGUUUAUCCAUCUCUUUUUCUCCCGCUUCUCCAAUGGCGGCAACCAUGCUCUCUCUCAGCAGUCCCCUUCCUCCCUCCUCUCAUCCUCCUUGCUCUUCACCUCCUCCUCCCCCUCCCAGAGCCCUCUUGGAGAUCCAGAGGUCUCGCAUCAUCGCCUGCCUCCGCACCUCAGAAGGACAACUGGCAUUGGAAGCUUCUCGGGCUGCUCUCAGAGGUGGUGUCUCUGUUGUUGAGAUUGUGAUGUCUACUCCAGGUGUGUUAGAGGUGAUCAAGGAGCUUGUCGAUGAGCAUCCUUCAUCAGUUAUUGGGGUCGGAACAGUGCUAGAUGCUGCCGACGCAAGGAAAGCAAUAAAUGUUGGUGCCAAGUUCCUGAUGAAUCCAUGUACAGUGAUGGAUAUCUUAUUUGAUGUUCAAGAUGAUGAAGUUCUUUAUAUUCCAGGAGUAAUGACACCUACUGAAGUAUUAUCUGCUUAUAAAUCAGGUGCUAGAAUUGUCAAGGUUUAUCCAGUUUCCAUUUUGGGUGGUCAUAAAUACAUAUCAGCUCUCAAGAAACCAUUUCCUCAUAUUCCAAUGGUUGCUUCACAAGGGAUUGCAAUGGCUACACCUCUUGUGAGCAUUCAUCCUUCUAUCUAUAUGACGGUAUACGAAACUAUCACAUGAUUUAAUUGGUAAUAUAUCAGUUGAACCGGACUUCUCCUCAUUGGUCAUGUUACAUCACAAUUGGUGACAUUCUGCCAGAGUAUUGUGUUCCGUCCUGCUUCAUCCCUUUUUUUCUGCAUUAUAUACAUCACUUGUUGUGCCAUACCUGUUGAAAUUUUAUGAUAGAUAAUGUUUUAUUAACAAAUGUAAAUUAUAAGAUAUACCUUAAUUUGCCUGAUGUUCGUGAGAAUAUUAUUGUCGAAUUAUCUACCAUCAAUACUUUUAUGAAUUGUCUGCAUUUUACAUCACUUGUUGUGCCAUACAUGUUGAAAUAUUAUGAUAGAUGAUGUUUAAUUAACAAAUGGUAAGUAUAAGAUAUACCAUGAUUGGUGAGUGAAUCAUGAUGGUGAUUUAGGCAGUACCGUUUUGUAAUAUUUUAAGCGCACAUAAUGUGCAUGUUUUUGUUUGAGGCAAGCUCAUUCAAUAAGAAGUUUCCUAAUGCUUCUUUUCAAGACUUGUGUUUCCUUGUCUGAUUAGACAAUGGCAGGAUAUUUAACAAUUCUCUCCCAUUGUCUCUUUGACCAUAUUAUUGUGGUAUAUAUGUCAUUUAAUUUUUCAUUGUUUUAAAUAGAUAAUUUCUUAGUGGACCUGUAGCCUUUGCUGUCCAUUGCAUAUUCUAAACUAUGAACUUGCACGAAUUACAAAUAUAUCUUCAUGGAUUGACCUGAAGCAUAACCUUGUAUCAGUUUUAAGGGGUUAUUUUGGGGUGUAUUUAAGCUUUCGCUCUUGAUUAU